AUGAUGGGCAAGGCUGUGGCUGCUGUCCUGACUCUUCUCCUGAUCACCAUGGUUGGAAUACAAGGCAACGCCCUGCCACGCUCGGCAGUUGAACUCCGGUGUCAGUGCAUAGGCACACAUUCCAAGUUCAUCCAUCCCAAGUUCAUUCAUAAUGUGAACCUCAUCCCCAGUGGACCUCACUGCAAGAACGUUGAAGUCAUAGCUACCCUGACAGAUGGCAGAGAAGUGUGCCUGGAGCCCACUGCUCCCUGGGUGAAGCUGAUCAUCAAGGCAAUCCUGGACAAGGCAAACACCAAACCUGACACAGUGUCCUAGGACAAACAAGAAAAAAGUCCUAACCCUUCCAGGAAGGCAAAAAUGGGAGAGAUGUUAAUCCAGCUUCUGGCAGAUCAACUCCUUGUGCCUCCUACAUUCACACUUCUAACAGCAUUUUGUAGUUAGUCGACAAUAGCACUUUAAGUCUUUUAAAGAGUUCUCUUUAUGUAGGAGAGAAACCAUUGACAUCAGAAAAGCUGGCAGAAAAAAUGUCUUGUGAAGGGAGAUGGAGAUGAUUCUUGAGUCAUUUUUACUAAACAAAGCUGGACAAAGCUGGCAGUGCCCUUCCAACAGAGCUUUCAUGAAAUGACACCCUCCGAUUUUGUUAACUGUUUAAGAAAAGUCCAGUGACUCCUUCUCUCCAGGAAAGCCUGAAUAGGUAGCAUCAACUGUACCUGGGUCACUGGCACACAGUGGGAUACUGACCGUGAGAGGAGAGCUUGCAAAAUUAAGGAACCAAAUUCUAAGACAUGAAGUUUUAUGCCAUCAUUUUCAAGGUAUUGUAAUACCAUCUUCUGGUUAGACACUCAC